GAAAAAUGGAGGACAAAAGCAAAGGGAAAAUGGGUGAAAGCAUACUUAUAUGGAAUAAUUUGGUCAUAAAUACAUAUUACCAAAGUUAAAAUGAUUACGCUUCAUUGGCUUUUGACAUUUAUUCGAGAUUACCGAUGAAGUUAAACGUUACAGGACAGCACGCGUUUAAAAUGGCUGCGUAGUUAAUGAAGAGGCAACAGAGGCAACCCUGUAAACGCCGUCAAAUAUACAUAUUAAUGUAAAACUAUUCGGGUACUCUUUGUUUUGAGGAAUUUAUUUUAUGUUGGACCAUAGCAAACUACAAGUCUUGAUGCUCAACCAAGCACGGCAAGUUUGACUGUGCUGAGUCUCCUCACUGUGCAGCAGCACCAUGGCAGCUAUGAGACCCAGCGAUGGAAGUCAAGCAGGACCCGGCGGAACUGGACUGCGGCCGUGUGUCUCCAACAUGCAUGACGCAAACAGGCCCGACGUGCGGCAACACCCUGUGAUUUACACGCAGAACUGUGUCCAAGAUCCAUUUGCGGAGAGAGGCGUUCACAAGAACAACACGCCGGCUCCCCCGCAGAGCGAGGCUGAGCGAGGCUGGAGCAACCUGCGAACAAGGACCCCUGCGGCGGACCAAUGCGUGGUAUCAGCUAGUGGCGAGCCGCUGUACAGUUUGCGCAGCCCAGAGUCAGUGGAGAUGGAUGAGAUCAUGGCCGCCAUGGUCCUAACCAGUCUGUCCUGUAACCCCAUGGUCCAAAGUCCUCCACAGACUGAAACUGGAACAGCGGGCUGCUCAUCAUCAGCUGACAUGGAGUGUGGCGGAGGCGAGCUGUCAGACAGCGGCAGCAGCGGCUACUGGAGCUGGGAUCACGGCAACGUGAGCCCGGCCCCCUCGCCGUCCGUGCCCGAGAUGGACAGCAGCCCAGACGAGGGCUUGAACAUGGAGUUGGAGCAAGGGGAGGAGCUUCAUGCCAAAAAGCCAAAGGGCUCUUUCAAAGGCUUGUACAAGUGUCUGUGGCCCAGUUGCGGCAAGGUGCUCACGUCUUCGGUCGGAAUAAAAAGACACAUCCGCGUGCUGCAUCUGGGCGGGUCGGAUCAGUCCCAGAGAGAAGAGGACUUUUACUACACCAAGAUCUCCUGUGAGACGGUGGACAGCAAUGUUGCACUACUUCCCUCCCAGCCGGCUCUGGGCCAAAUGUCCCCUCUCAGCUGGGCCUCGUGUGCUUCUCCCCCCGCUUUGGGCGUUCAGAUCCCGCCUGCUCACAGGCCGAGGUCCAACUCCAGCUCUGGCCCGGGCGCAAGCAGGCCCAGUCCGCUCAGCCAGUCUGCCCCCAGCAGCUUCUGGCAGAUUCACACAGAGCAUCUCUAUCAGGCCUGCAGCCCCGUCCAAGCCGGUCCACCGGUGGCCCCAAGAAGUCCAGGGUGCCAUGGUUUGACCACCCCAGCCUCGGUCUCAAGCCACAGUAACGCCCCGAUGGCGAAACCUCGCUGCCGGUCCGUCAGCGUCGGAGAGCAGUGGCUCCAACAGAACCGGCUCCAGACCAUGAGUGCGUCGCCCUCUCGCGCCCACUGCGCCUUCAGGAAAGGGCGAGGGGAGGCCAAAAAAUGCCGCAAAGUGUACGGAGUGGAGCGUAAGGAUCAGUGGUGCACCGCCUGUCGCUGGAAAAAAGCCUGCCAGCGUUUCCCCGACUAAACGGGGCAAAGAAAGCGUAUAUAUACUUCGAUACAUACCGUAUAUAUACUGUAUAUACAUAACAGCCAUUCAAACCUGUUUCUUCCUUUACUUUUUUAUGUUUUUUGUUGUUUUGUUUGUUUGUUUGUUUUUUUUUUUACAUCCAACCCGUUUUUGUGACCCGCCACGCCACGCACACUUACUAACUGUCCCCCAAAUCCGAAGAGGAAGAUGGAAACUCCUGAAGAAUGCCCGUUCUGAUAAAACUCCAUUUUUUUUUUUUUUUAUACCUUCCAAAUGAGUCCGUUUGUCAGUUUUUCCUUCCCUGGAAGAAAACAAGUGGGAGUUUGUGUCUGUUUGUAACCUGUCAGUCUCCCAUGGUGCUCACUGUUGACUGACUUCCAUCAUGUGUACUCUAUACGUUAUCCAAAGGUAGUACAUACGUAUAACCACAGCCCUUGUAUCCCUACUGUACAGUAUUACUGCUUAGAUGGCUCGUUUGUUGACUCCAACCCUCUUCCAGUGGUUACACAGUGGUUUAUCAUGUGUAUUAUAUCGUGUGCUUUCAGCUACGUACGAGUAUUUUGUACCUUUUUUAAUGUGUCGUUAAGCCUGAGUGUUUUUUUUUUUUAUUUUCAUGUUUUCUGGCACUUUGAUGGAAUAUAAAUUCACACAAAUAAGCUACAUUUGGUUUCAUUGAACCAGACUUCUUCCAUAAAGUGGAUUUUCUUCCGAGUGUUUGUAUCAGCAAUAAAGACGAAAGAGGAAAACGCAGUAUGCUGUCACACAAUUAAAACAAACACUGAGAA